UAUUAAGCUCAUUAUGGCCAAUAGAUGCUAAUUUGAAAACUCCAAUGAUAUUGGUGUUUUUUCCAAACUUACUAAUGCCUAUUGCUUAGUUGCUCUAGGAGGAAGUGAAAACUUUUAUUCUGUGUUUGAAUCUGAACUUGGAUUGAGCAUGCCAGUAAUUCAUUGUUCAAUUGGAGGUACAAGAAUUAUAGGAAGAUUAACAGCAGGUAGUUUUUGAAUCAAAUAAUAUUUAGGAAACAAAAAUGGACUUCUCGUUCCAAAUACUUGCACUGAUUAAGAAUUGAAAUAGAUUAGAAACUCAUUACCCGAUGAAGUUAAAGUAAAAAUUUAAAUCAACAUAUAGGUUAAAAGAGUAGAAGAGAAAUUAUCAGCAUUAGGAAACUGCGUUGCUUGCAAUGACUAUGUUGCUUUAAUUCAUUCUGAUUUGGAUAAGGAGACUGAAGAAAUUAUUGCUGAUACUCUUGGAGUUGAAGUAUUCAGAACUACUGUGGCAUAAUAAGUCUUAGUUGGCACCUAUUGUUGCUUUAAUAAUUAAGGAGGACUUGUUCACCCAUUAACUACAGUUGAAGAAUUAGAUGAAUUAGCAAAUUUACUCCAAAUUCCAUUAUGUGCUGGAACUGUUAAUAGAGGAAGUGACAUUAUUGCAUCAGGGCUAGUAGUCAAUGAUAUUGCAGCUUUUUGUGGUAUCAAUUAAAUCAAUCCCAUUAGGUCUUGAUACAACAUCAACUGAAAUCACUGUUAUUGAAAAAAUAUUCAAACUAUAAGAUAAGAAUAAAUAAAAUAUGGAAGUAUAAAUUCGUUAGGAUAUGAUGCAAGAAUUGGAAUGA